AUUAUCUAUGCGUAUAACAAAACAACAAUCAUUUUUGUCAAGCAUCAGCUGAUUACGUUUUAAUGAUUCAAAUUUAAUUAUUAUGGGUUUAAAUACAUUGUAGUGAUCCUUUCUUCAUAAUAUAAUUUUCAAAAGGUGCCCCCAUUUUUAAUUUUUGUUCAAAAACAAAUGAAAUAAUCAAAUGGCUAUCAAUUCUGGAAAUGGAAAAACUCACAACUUUAAAGUGGUGCUUUUGGGUGAGGGUUGUGUAGGAAAAACUAGUUUAGUUUUAAGAUAUGUAGAAGACAAGUUUAAUUCUAACCAUAUUAGCACAGUGCAGGCUUCUUUUUUAAGUAAAAAGGUAAAUAUUGAAGGAAAUAGAAUAAAUCUUGCAAUCUGGGACACAGCAGGUCAAGAACAGUUUCAUGCAUUGGGUCCACUGUAUUAUAGGUCUUCAAAUGGUGCAGUUCUGGUCUACGACAUAACAGAUGAAAAAUCAUUUCAACGAAUAAAAAUUUGGGUAAAAGAACUUCGAAAAAUGUUAGGAGUAGAUAUAUGUUUAGUAAUUGUUGGAAAUAAGACUGAUUUAGAAAGUGAUAGACACGUUUCUUUGGAAGAAGCUGAAAGUUAUGCUGAGAAGGUUGGUGCCCUGCAUUUUCAAACUUCUGCAAAAUUAAAUGAAGGAGUAGAGGCAAUGUUUUAUGCAUUAACUCAGAAAAUGUUGGAAAAAACUUUAGAAAAUGAAACACAUAAUGUCUCUUUAGCAGGGCAGAACUCUCAAAGUGGUAACAUUUUGGUAGUUGAUGAUGAACAAACUCCCUCAACAACAAAACACUGCUGUGGAAGUUCGUAGGAUCCUGUCAUUUUUUAUUUAUAAAUUUGUUGAUUUUGCAUGUUAUUUAUGAAUUAUUCUUGUUAUUAUUGACUAAUUUUAUCCACUAAUGAAACUAAUAAGUUGUCACCAUAGACAAAAACACAGUAAACUUGUAAGAAGUGUAAUAACGACCAAUGUAAAGCAUAUUAAAAAAUAAUCUGUAAUGUGUUUAUUACAGGGCAAACUGACCAAACAUUGAAAAUUUGCCUAAUUUUAUACAUUAAAUUGUUACUUUUAAUUUGAAUCUUUAAACUGAUAGUGAUACAGCAUGCAAAUUAGAUUAAAAAACAUCAAAUGUUGAUUAAGAUACUAAAUUGCUUUAUCAAUGCCAUUAUUAUUACAUUAUAUGCUACUUAAAUAAAUAAAUAUCCAAAAUAUUAA